UACAUAUUGUAUAUGGAUGUGCAAUGGUAAUAAUGUACCUAUAUAAUUACUUUAUGAGUAUACCAUUUUAAUUGUAAUCUAAUUGAUAUAAUAACAAAAUAAUGUAUACAAGGAGUACCAAACAAACAGCAAAAGAAAUUCAAGAAAUUUGUCUUGUAUAAUAACUUAAAGGUAUGAGAGAGGAAAUGGAAGAGAGGGAGAAAGAGAGAGAGAGAGAGAGAAAAUACGCGUAGACCAUUUUUGAAAGCAAAGACGAAAUAAGUAUAGCAAAUGGUACCAGCGAUAAAUUCUAUGUAUCGAUAAAUAAUAUAGCAUUGUUUAAAGGUUGAAAAUUAAGUUACGUCUAAAGUUAUAUUUCCUUAUUCUUACAACUGCGAUGCAGCCUUCCAUUACAAUUACAUUACCUACGUUACCUUUGUUUUUAUUUCCUUUAGAAAGCAAAUAGAGAUAACGUAGAAUUUUUAAGUUACUCAAAUCCUAAUCGAUGCACUAAUUUUCAAUAAGAUGAUUAAUAGACAGUACGAAAAGAUGUGAUUGUUAAAAAUGUAAUAAAAGAAAUAUAAUGACAAUGCUUUGUGUCAUCAUCGAUAAUGUAGCGAUUAAGGGUAAAACACCGGAAAUAUUUAAUAGAAAAUCUCCAUGCCAACGCUAAUUGUCAGCUUUCCCUUCAACGUCGAUUACAUGUAUUAUAUGAACAUUGCCUCGGGAACACAACGUCUAAAUUUUUUGUACAAAGUAUAACCUUUUUUACUCUUGGUCUUUUCUACAUUUAAAUUACAUAGUGAACAAACACAACUGUCCGUGUUCGACGAUGCAAUCGCGGGGAACAUUCUUCUAAUCUUUGCACUUCCAAUGCUGUAAAAAUGCCGUCGUUGUUGGAAGCGCUGGAGCUAAAGUACGGCAGUUCAACGACGGAUUGCUCAUUAACGGAUGAUGAGGCGGAGUCUGGUUCGCCCAAAGCCGCCCUGUCGGUGAGCAUCUUCAUCCCUAAGAAGUCUCCACGACAUACGGUGCCGGCGUUACUGGUACUCCAGGACUGCGACAUUGAAUCGGCAGGUAACGACGCCGAGAAACUUCGCAACAAAUGCAAGAACGUCGAGGAGCUUGACUUGGCGCAGAACAAGUUGUCACAAUGGACGGAAGUAUUCGGCAUCCUGCAGCACAUGCCCAAAAUCAAGUUUGUUAACUUGAGCUUCAACUGCCUCGCAGAGGUGCUGGAGAUCAAACAUGGUAAUUACGAUCAUCUGAGAAAUCUCGUGCUGAACGGUACCAGAGUGUCCUGGUCGACGGUGCAGGGGCUGGUGCGGCUUCUGCGGAAUCUGGAAGAGCUCCAUUUGUCUUUGAACGAAUAUAAAACGGUGGACUUGGAUCAUCAAAAGCCGGAGAACGUGAACCCGGCGCUAAAAAAGUUACACUUUACUGGCAAUCCGGUGGAAGUUUGGAACGAGAUCUCGAAAUUAGGAUACUUAUUUCCGAACCUGAAGAGUCUCGUUCUCGCUGAGUGUCCAAUCAGAUCGCUUGGUUUGGAGGAAAAUCAGAAUUUGCCAAGCGAGGAUGGCCGUCGAGCAAAGGAAGAAGGACUCGGUCAGGAUAGCGAAAACAUGAAUCACUUAGAUACAGAUGAACACACUUCGUCGACAGACGAUAAGGGAAAUAGGAUAUUUGAGAACAAGGUGAACUACGACAGAUCCGAGUCGAAGCCGGAAUCCAAUGGAAUGACCAUCGAGUCGCCUCACGAUCCCUUCAGAAUGCUGAGGUUCUUGAAUCUGAAUGGUACUCUGCUAUCCAUUUGGGACGAAGUGGAAAGGCUGGCCAGGUUUCCCGCGUUAAAGUCGCUCAGGAUCCAAGGCUGCCCGCUUUUCGAGAGUCCUCGAGAAUAUACAGAACACGAGAGGCGGCAGCUACUAAUAGCCCGACUGCCAAACGUCGAGACUUUGAACGGCGGCGGCGUGAUAUCGUCUCAAGAGCGCGAGGAUGCCGAGAGGGCCUUCAUACGUUAUUACAUGGACAAACCGGAAGCUGAUCGACCCGAAAGAUAUUCCGAGCUUGUGGCUAUUCACGGAAAGUUGGACCCCUUGGUGAACGUAGAUUUAACACCGGAGAAAAGGGUCAAGGUUACGUUCACUUACGGAGAUCUCGUCGAGGUACGAUCGGUUGAUGUAUAUAGAACAGUUUUCGAAUUAAAAACUAAGUUGGAAAGUAUGGUGAAAAUUCCUGCCAACAGAAUGAGGCUUUUCUACGUUGACCAAGAAAUGAAGGCGCAAUAUGGACCGGAGGAAAUGCUCUAUCCAAACAAGCAGCUCUAUCGAUACAACAUUAGGAACGGCGAUGAGAUCAUCAUUGACAGCAAACUGAAUCGAUUUGCGUCAACGUCUUCGACCACAUCUUCCAUUCGUUCCUGAAGAAGAACGAUGAGUGAAUCGCGCGGUAUUGAAGAAAUCCGAUAACUCCUCGGGUUUUGAUCUCCACUUAUAGCCUCACGAUAUAACACUCUCAUUGAUAAUUGUAACAAUACUGUUACAGAUCGAUAGAGAGGCACCGUGUCCGGUUUUCAUGAUCGCGUUUGUUAAUAACUGCGGAUCUGAAAACCGAGAACUUUUACAAUCCAAGGUGGAUAAAUGGAUUCGAGGGCGAAUGUUUCCCUACGUGGAAGUCUAAAUGUAUAGAAUUAGGAAUUUACGGAUGUUUGAUGUUAUCUUAAACUGCAAAUAUCUCAGAAAUAAUAGUGGACAGACGACAUCCGAUCAGAAAUUCUGAAUUGGCGAAAACUCGGUAAUCUGUCACAGGCGAAAUUAUCUAAGAACAUCAUGUGUUUUCUAAACGGUAUGUCUAGAUAUAGUCUGACAUUUUCUGAAAAUCGAAUUACAACUGUCAAUGCAAUUCUCGAUCGCAGCAUAUGAUUGUCUAAUGCAAUUAUUAGAUUAAUUAUUUCUUCGCAAACUCAUCCAGACCUCGACGUAUAAACUUAAACCGUUACUAACGAGCCUGGCGCAUAGAGAAUAAUUAUUGUGUCCAGUGUACAAGCGUACACGAGCUUAGAUGAGUAGUUAGCUGUCAUUUUCUUUAACAUAGUAAGUCUCGUCUGUCUUAGGAGACGAAAAACGUAAUGGGAAAGCAUGGUUGUACAUAGCGAAUUUCAAUUUCCAGCCAAAUUCGAUGUAGCUGCGACGCGAGCAAAAGAGAUUUACUCCGUUCGCUCGACAUAAAAGAAACUAAUAGGAACAUGAUAGAAAUUCAAUUUAGGACGACGCCAAUGACAACUGACGAGACGCGCCAUUGAGGCUGUUGUGUAACGAAGAGAACGAAAUAUUUUUGUAGAGAUCGCGGGCAGUUAUUCUCAAAGAAAGUAUAAAAUCUACUCGUUCAUAAGACAACGCGUUUUGUUGCUCCUCGGUUAAACACCAAUGAUAAAAACGUGUAACGCAGUUGCAGCCACGUUUCCGUCGCGCUCGCGUUUGUGCGUACGACUCUUUCGCAAGAUGCGUUUGCAAAAGGUAAAGGGAGACCUUAAGUUUCCUCGUGAAAUUUCCGAGUGUUUAAGAGCAAUGGGAUAUAUAUUUAUAUCGCUGGUUGGUGAAAGCGUCAUCCACUUACGUUGUCAUCGCGACAAAUGAUCUCUGUAUUUUUCGAAGAUGAUAUAUACUACAAGCAAACUCUUUUUCCUGUAAACUUUGCGCGAGAAUGAAACGCACUCGUGUCACCAGCUCGUGAAUUGCAACGUAAAUUGUAACGAAAUGUAAAACGCGAGAGAAAAUUUGUGAAACCGUACAAGAGUCGUGAUUGGCGUUACGUUAUUAUCAUCUAUUUUUAGUAUGUACUUAACAAACCACAAGUACAACAUCUUCACUUCGACAAGUUUCAUACUUUCAAGCGGUCCUUUAUAUUUAUAUAUAUAUAUAUGGUAUAAGACUUCUUUUCAUUCUAAGAUAUUGAGGCAUAUAUGGCAGAGAGUGAGUAAAUUCUCAGCAAACGCAAAUAUAGAGCUGGUAUAUAAUAUAUACGUAAAUAUACAUGCUUUACAUCUAUAUUAUAUAGUAGUUAUAUAUUCGUUUGCUAGGUUGCAUAUCGCAAUUGUUUCAUCAAAGUGGAUGAAUGGAAAUCACGUUGAUGACAGCGAUAAAGCUGAUGUAAAUCUCAAAUGUGAUAACAGAGGCAGCAUCGAUUGCGAUUUAUGAUACACGCGUAUAAUUUACAGAUUUAUAAUCAUUUCGAAUCUCGAAGUAUAUCUUUUCUUUCCCUUUUUAAAUACUAAGCAUGUUUCGUUGCAUUUACAGCUUUACUCCGAUUUAAGGCACGAACGAGCUCGCGAAAAGAAACUAAGUAGAAUGUUGCGUUGCAUCGCUUUAUCUUUAAAUCCGCCAGUAUCACCGUGCCGAGGGAACUUUUCGGUCGAACGUCGGAGAAAGAAAACGCAGUGUACAUCAAGUUUCGAUUUCUUUGCUCACAAGCAAGCUCCGAAGCUUGCGGAGUCACUUAGUGCCUGCCUUUUACGUAUUAGUGUAACUCAGAUAUUUCUAACACUGCCCUGUGAAUAUGAUAAAACAUAAUUCGGGACAAGGCUCUCGAUACAGUAAUAAGAAACGUAGACCGAAUUUUUGGAGCAGCUAAAACUCCAGUUGACCAAAAGAUUCAUAAUAAAAUUUUAUUAUUAUUGUACAGCGUUAAUAAUAUUCUGAUUAUUAUUAUAAAAAGCAGCUUCGACGAGCAUUUGAUAACAAAAGAUAUACAAAUUCGAGCGCUGUUUUUAUUGCGAGAUUGGAGGUCAGAAUUGAUUUUUACAGCGGAAUAAUAUUGCUACUGAAGAAAUUCGGUCGAACGUUUCCUAGAAAUCGAAGGAGCACCGCGUUAGUCGGGAAAAUGUUGACUGUAGGAUUCCAAUGCCACUGUCGCGUCCUGCCUUUCCAGCAUGGAGAGUGCAAGUCGUAUAGUAAACAACAGAAAAUUAAAAUCAAUCAUAAAAGAGGACAAGGACGGACUGGUAAUGGGAUCCUACGACGCAUGUGUCUAGUCUCGGAAAAGAAACUCUGCAUUACUUUCAUUUUAUAAAAUACGAUUUUUUUUUUGUGCUGGCGCAAAUGUACGUACUAACGAAAUAAAUCAUUUAUAUGAUAUAAACUAUUCUUCAAUUUU